GCGGCCCCUCCCCCGGGCGGCUCCCUUGGUGCCGGCAGAGCCGAGCCGUGCCGUGCCGAGGCGAUCCGGUCCGCGCCGUCCCGUUCCUGCCUGCCCUCGUUAUGUCGUCGGCCGGCAGCCUGAGCACCAUGCAGCGCCUGGUGGAGCAGCUGAAGCUGGAGGCCGCCGUAGAGAGGAUCAAGGUCUCCCAGGCAGCUGCAGAGCUCCAGCAAUACUGCAUGCAAAACGCCUGCAAAGAUGCCUUGCUGGUUGGGGUUCCUGCAGGGAGCAAUCCCUUCCGUGAGCCCAGAUCCUGCGCUCUGCUCUGAAGUCAGGGAUGGUCAGCAGAGAGAAGCCUUGAAGCAUGAUGUGACUAACAAUGGCCUUUUCCUCAAGAAAAGUAUCUCUGUGCCCUUACUCCUGUGUGGCUAAAACGUGGAUAUUGAUCCGUUCAUCCUUGUGAAGUCAUACCUCACUGUUUUAUUAACGUUUUUUGUAGUUUUUUUAACGUAAGUGGUUCUUUUGGUAAAAGUCGACAUUGUUACUAUGGUAUACUUGUCUACACAAAUACUACUUGGGAAGUUUACAUUUUAGAAAGCAAAAACAUGAUUAUUCUUUACCAAAUUACCUAUUUCUAACUUGGUAGGUUGUUAGGCUGGAGUGACGGUAAUAACUAUUUGUAUUUUCCAAAGCAGAACAUCUGAGGAAUGAACUGUUACAACCUAAAAGCAAACGCUGAUAGUGUUACCAGAGAUGUUCUCAGAAGGAAGUUUUCUUUAAACCUGAAACCAGCAACACUGUUUUUUUCCCAAGUGCUUGUAGGUGCACAAAUGACACCUGUUAGAAACUGCUUGGCACUGCGUGUAGCACCGUCUUGUUCCAUAAGGCACGUUACUUACAAAGGCCCUGCACUGUUUAAUGCUUCUCAUAGCCUGCAUUUGUGAACACACUGCCUGGGCGGAACCUCAUGUUUAAAUGUUUAAAAUGUAACCAAACUCACUCUAAAAACACAUAAGCGUCCAAAGACAGUUGUGUGCAUGAUUUCCAAGGUUAGAAGCACACGGAAUUCCCAAGUUCCACAGAUAAAAUACACUUGGUUGUUUGCCUUCACUUUUCUAUAGAAUCCACAAAUAAAAUACACUUGGUCGUUUGCCUUCACUUUUCUAUAGAACGCUUUUACAAGGAUAGAUUUUUUUUAUUUUUUUUUUACUAGGUUUUCCAUUUUGUUUACUUUCUAUUGUUUGUAUUAAUCUUCUAAAAAUUUGGAAAUAAAAUUCCUUUCCCUACUG